AUUAAGUUUGGGCUUGGUUCUGCGCAAAGUGGAUACUUUACUGAACCAAUUUAUAUCAUUUAUGAACUUUGCAAUUGAUUUUAACUAUUAAUGUGUUCAUUAAUAAGUUGUUAGUAUUUAUAUAUCAUGCGCUGCGUAUAAUUUUUAGAAAAUAUUGGUGUAUAAGUUGUGUAAAAUACAAUUAAAGUAAUCAAGUGAUUUCAUCUUAAAAUCAUGUCUGUGAGUGAAAAAGUGUCUCUUUCGGAUGCUUUAAGCAAUGUGGAUGUAUUGGACGAACUUACAUUACCCGAUGAACAACCCUGUAUUGAAGCUGCACCAUGUUCGAUUCUCUAUCAAGCGAAUUUCGAUACAAAUUUUGAAGAUCGCAAUGGCUUCGUUACUGGUAUCGCUAAGUACAUUGAAGAGGCUACCGUACAUGCUAAUUUGAAUGAACUUCUAGAAGAAGGUAAUGCACACGCUGUUAUGUUGUAUACAUGGAGAUGUUGCAGUCGGGCUAUACCUCAGCCUAGGUCCAACGAACAGCCAGAUAGAGUACAUAUAUAUGAACGGACAGUGCAAGUGUUAGGUCCUGAAGUUGACAAAUUGCUGCAAUUCAUGUAUUUCCAGCGUAAAGCUAUUGAGAGAUUCUGUGGCGAGGUACGUAGGUUGUGUCACGCUGAGAAACGACGUGACUUCGUAUCUGAAGCGUAUUUAUUGACGCUCGGCAAGUUCGUUAACAUGUUCGCUGUGCUCGAUGAACUUAAGAAUAUGAAGAGUUCCGUUAAAAAUGAUUAUUCAACAUAUAGACGAGCCGCUCAAUUUCUCAAAGUGAUGGCGGACAGUCAAAGUCUACAGGAAUCACAGAACUUAUCAAUGUUUCUUGCAACACAGAAUAAAAUAAGGGACACAGUUAAAGAUGCACUCGAGAAAAUUAAUGGUUAUGAAGAUUUACUUGCUGAUGUUGUGAACAUUUGCGUUCAGAUGUACGAAACAAAAAUGUAUUUGACACCCUCGGAAAAGCAUAUGCUGGUUAAGGUUAUGGGCUUUGGUCUCUUCCUUAUGGAUUCUGAAGUAUGUAAUAUUAAUCGACUUGAUCAGAAAAAGAAGAUCCGUCUUGACAGGAUCGACAGGAUCUUUAAGAAUCUCGAAGUGGUACCUUUGUUUGGAGAUAUGCAGAUCGCGCCAUUCAAUUAUAUCAAGAGAUCGAAACAUUACGAUCCAAGCAAGUGGCCAUUAUCUUCGAGCCCAAAUCCACCUUCUCCGCAAGCAGAUCUGAUGGUCCACCUGCCUCAGAUCAGGGAAGAACACCAGAAUUACAUAUCUGAGCUCGCUAGAUACAGUAAUGAGGUGACCACAACGUUCAAAGAAGCAGGCUCCGAUGCUGAAAACAAGGCGGUCACUGAACUUUGUUUACGUGGUCUUCAGUUGUUGUCUUCCUGGUGUUCGGUAUUAACUGAAUUGUGUUCUUGGAAGCUAUUGCAUCCGACUGAUCAUACAAUUAACUCAAGAUGCCCUGCUGAAGCUGAAGAGUAUGAGAGGGCUACCCGCUAUAAUUACACUUCAGAAGAGAAGUUCGCGAUGAUAGAAGUGAUAGCAAUGAUCAAAGGUCUGCAAGUAUUAAUGGCUCGUAUGGAGACUGUGUUCGCUGACGCAGCUAGAAGGUCUAUUUACGCGGAAUUGCAGGACUUCGUACAGUUAUUACUGAGGGAACCGUUGCGGAAGGCCAUUAAGAACAAGAAAGAUUUAAUCCGAAGCAUCAUAGUAUCAGUGCGCGAGACAUGUGGUGAUUGGGCGCGUGGCUGCGAGCCUCAGCAAGACCCGGCUCUGCGCGGCAAGAAAGACGCUGAUGCAAGUUUCACUAUUAAAGUCCCGAGGCGGAAUGUUGGGCCAUCAUCAACACAGCUGUAUAUGGUCAGAACACAACUAGAAGCUUUGAUAUCUGAUAAAUCUGGAGGAAGGCGUACAUUAAGAAAGGAUCUAGAUGCUACCACUUUGACUCAAAUUGAAACAUUCCAUCGACAAAGCUUCUAUUGGGGAUAUUUGUUAAAUCUAUCUGAUUCAUUACAAAAGUGUUGCGAUCUCUCUCAACUGUGGUAUAGAGAGUUUUACUUGGAAAUGACAAUGGGAAGAAAAGUAAACAAAUGUACGGUACGUCAUCAGCAUAAUGAAGAAUGUAACGACUUAGUUACAAUGGAGAAACGGAUACAAUUUCCUAUAGAAAUGUCAAUGCCUUGGAUAUUAACAGAUCAUAUUCUGCGUAGUAAAGAACCUGCUAUGAUGGAAUAUGUACUAUACCCGUUAGAUCUAUACAAUGAUUCUGCCCAGUACGCGCUUACUGUGUUCAAAAAGCAAUUUCUUUACGACGAAGUUGAAGCAGAAGUUAAUUUGUGCUUCGAUCAGUUUGUUUAUAAAUUAUCUGAGCAGGUGUACGCUCAUUAUAAACAGCUUGCUUCCAGUAUGUUACUGGACAAACGUUAUCGCGCUGAGUGCGCGGCGCGCGGAGCCAGCACGGGCGGUGGAGCGGGCAGGUACGCCUCUCUGCUGCGCCAGAGGCAUGUCGCGCUGCUCGGCAGACACGUCGACCUUAACGCCUUGGUGGCGCAGCGUAUCAAUGCUGAUAUGCACCGGGCAUUGGACGCUGCGGUCGCGAAGUUCGAAGCCGGUGAUAUCACCGGAGUUGUGGAACUAGAAGGUCUGAUCUCUGUUAAUCGACUCUGCCACAAACUUCUCAGUCGGUACCUAACAUUGGACGAAUUCGAAGCGAUCCUACGGGAAUCUGACCAUGGUGUCCUAGCCCCAUAUGGCAGGAUAACUUUACAUGUAUUCUGGGAACUGAAUUACGAUUUCCUGCCGAAUUACUGCUAUAAUGCUGCCACUGAUCGGUUCGUGAAAUGUCGUGGCAUUCAAUUCGCUGCAGGUGUUCAAAGAGAAAGACCCCAACAGUAUGGACAUGCGUUGUUAUGGGGAUCCAAGCAAUUGGGAUUCCCUUAUGCAGCUCAGUACGCACAGUAUGCAGGGUUCGUUGGUGCACAACAUCUUCACGCCCUCGUCCGUUUAUUGGGUUAUCAGGGUGUGGCGGUUGUGGUAGGGGAAUUACUAGGUGUAGCCCGAGGUCUCCUACACGGGACAUUAGCUCAGUUCACAAGAGCUCUUGCAGCUGCUAUGCCUAGGCACUGCAAACUUCCUAGAUACGACUACGGAUCUAAUGGUGUACUUGGCUACUAUCACGCUCAGUUGACUGAUAUCGUUCAAUAUCCUGAUGCUCGUACAGAACUGUUCCAUGCUUUCAGGGAACUUGGAAAUAUUAUAUUGUUCUGUAUGCUAAUUGAACAGGCUCUUAGUCAAGAGGAAGUGACAGAUUUACUUCACGCUGCGCCUUUCCAGAAUAUUCUUCCCCGACCAUUCACAGCAGAAGGAGAGAAACCCGAAGUAAAACAGAAACGUCUAGAAUCUAAAUAUUCCGCGCUACAGAUUGUACAAAACGUGGAUAAAUACGGCACUGCUAAGCAAAGUCAACUAGCUCGUGAAGGUGAUUUACUUACCCGAGAACGUUUAUGCUGCGGCCUAUCUCUAUUCUCUGUUGUGUUGCGUCGCUUACGAGCUUGUCUGACUGCACCACAAUGGCCAAGUCCACCAGCCGCGCCUCAACACGCACCAUUACAUACUGAUGACACAAGCGAGUUUCAUAGGUUGUGGUCUGCUCUGCAGUUCUUGUACUGUAUCCCAGUUGGAGAUACACAGUUUACUGUUGAGGAACUAUUCGGCGAAGGCCUUCACUGGGCGGGAUGCACUAUCAUAGCACUACUGGGUCAGCAAAGACGCUUCGAAGCUCUAGACUUCUGCUACCACAUCCUAAGAGUCCAGAGAGUUGAUGGGAAAGAUGAAUUGGUGAAAGGAAUCCCUCUCAAACGCAUGGUGGACCGCAUCAGACGUUUCCAGGUCCUAAAUUCACAGAUCUUUGGUGUUUUGGCACGCCAUCUAGUGGCAGACGAGGAGCGCGCGGGAGUCGAGCAUAUAAGAUGCUUCCCUCCACCGACAGCACCCCACCAUCAUGUCGACUAAAUUAACAUCAGUUCAACUAACAUACUCAACAACUUCGGCUAACAACACAACUAACUCGACAACUCAACUAACACAUCAACACAACAAAUAUCAUAUGAACUAAGACGUCAACUCAACUAAUUUCAACUCAACUAUCAUGUUUAAACUGAUAUAUAAACACGGCUUAAUGCUCACGUAUGUUCGUCCGGUGGCGGCCCGUCGCUCACUGACGACAGUGAGCGACGGGCCGCGUCCGCGAAAUAAUACCAGUACUACUCGUCCUGAUGAAGGGUGCCCGAUGGGCUCGAAACUAGUCGGUGCCGCCACCGGACGUAUAUACGUGAGUGUUUAGCCAUGUUUAUAUAUCAGUUUAGUAUAAUGUCUCACGAAAGUUUGAAUUAUUCAACUAUCAUGUCUACUCAAUUAUCACAUAAACUAAACUAACAUCAGUAACUCCACAUUAAAAAACUUAUCACUAUCAUUCAAAUAAACAAUAUCUAUCAUUAUGUUACACUAAUCUAUCAUAUAUAACUAACUUCAUAAUUUCGACUAAACUAUCAUCGUGAUUAUGACUAAACUAGCAACAUCUUUACUAAACUAAUAUCACUUUAAAUAUAUCACUUUAAUUUCGACUAAACUAUAAUCGUAACAUCGACUAAAGCUAACAAAAAUAUGUUUCAUGAUUUUAUGAAUU